AUGGCAGCCAGGAGACUCUCUCAUAAUGACUACACCGUUGCCUGGGUUUGCGCAUUGCCGCUGGAGAUGACCGCUGCAAAGGUCAUGCUCCAGAAGACGCAUGAAUCCCUUCCUCAACCGCCAACGGAUCCCAACUCUUAUACACUGGGCUCAAUGAGUGGCCAUAAUAUAGUUAUCGCCUGCCUACCGUCCGGUGUCUAUGGGACAACAUCUGCUACAGCGGUUGUAGCUAAGAUGCACUCAACAUUUCCCUCCUUAAAAUUUGCCUUGAUGGUGGGUAUUGGAGGUGGCGUACCCAGCGCAAGCACCGAUGUUCGCCUUGGGGAUGUGGUAGUUAGUACGCCAUCCAAUACUUCAGGUGGCGUGAUACAAUAUGAUUAUGGGAAGACACUGUCCGAUGGACGCCUUCAGCGCACCGGCUGCCUCAACAAGCCCCCGCAAGUCUUGCUAAACGCCGUGUCUCAAAUGCGCAGUGACCACAUGAUCAGAGAGAAAGAUAUUAGCGAGACUAUUUCCAAUACACUGAACAUGUAUGAACAAUUGAAAAAAGAAUUCUCACGACCUGAUAGAGACUGGCUUUUCAGCGCGGAUUAUGUGCAUCCCAACAAUAAAGCUGAUUGCUCGGUAUGUGACCAGAGCCGAUUAGUGAAACGCGCAUUACGAACAUCUCACAAGUCUCAAAUUCAUUACGGUUUAAUUGCAUCCGGAAAUCAAGUCAUGAAGGAUGCCAAGACGCGAGAGUCUAUUGCUGAAGCAUUGAAUAUUCUCUGCUUUGAAAUGGAGGCGGCUGGACUUAUGGAUCAGCUCCCUGGGUGUUUGGUGAUCCGAGGUAUCUGUGACUACUGUGAUUCUCACAAGAGCAAAGAAUGGCAAGGGUAUGCAGCCCUGGCUGCCGCUGCUUAUUCUCAGCUGCUCUUGACAGUUGUCCCUCAUCAAAAGAAUGACAGCCCGAGAUAUGAUGCAAAGGUCCAGUUGGAUGAAAGAUUAAAAGCAAGGCAGAUGGUUAUCCUGAAGCUGCUUAAUGUGUCGCCAUACCGAGAUCAAAAAGACCGUAAUCCUGGUCGAAUACCAGGGACUUGCCAGUGGUUUGUUAACCAUACAAUCUUUCAAGACUGGCAAGCAAGCAAGACAUCACGAAUGCUCUGGGUCUCCGCAAAUCCUGGAUGUGGAAAGUCUGUACUUGCCAAAUACCUCGCAGAUUCCAUUCUCACAAAAGGCAUGUCUCAAACAGUUGGAUAUUUCUUCUUCAAAGAUGACUUUGAAGAACAAAAAAGUAUCACGAAUGCGCUAUGUUGCAUCCUUCACCAGCUCUUUAGCCAGAAUCGUGACCUGCUUACCGAAUCCCUCAUCGAGCAAUUUGAAAUGAAUGAAAGGAUUACCAACUCAUUCAGUGAACUUUGGAACAUCCUUAUCAGUUCCGCGAAACAAAAACAUGCCGGAGAAAUUACAUGCCUUUUGGACGCCUUAGAUGAAUGUGAACAACAUGGAUGGUCGCAAUUUACGGAAGCCUUGCGCAGGCUUUAUAUGGAUGAGACUCGACAUAAUUUCAAUCUGAAAUUCCUGAUUACUAGUCGCCCCUACAGUCGUAUCCGGCGGGGCUUUCAGCCUCUUGACAUACCUGGACAGCCUAUCAUUCAUCUUAGUGGUGAAAGUGAUGUUGAAAUGGAGAAGAUUUCCCAAGAGAUCGUUAUUUUUAUUGAAACAAGGGUCAAGGAAGUAAAAGCUCGACUACGGCUCACAGAAGAUGAGCAAAAACUCUUGCUUCGAAAUCUUACUCGUGUUCCCAACAGAACAUAUCUCUGCGUCUAUCUUACCUUGAACUUAAUUGAGAACAAGGACGAUAUUGAUAAAAGAGGGAUAGUCGAGGUUACCUCAAACCUCCCACAGUCUGUUGAUGAGGCUUAUGAGCAAAUCCUAUCAAGGAGCACAGAUUCACAAAAAGCCAAGAAAUUACUUCAUAUUGUGGUUGGAGCAGCACGACCCUUGAACCUGCAGGAGAUGAACCUCGCACUGGCCCUGAGAGAGGGUCAUCGAUCUUAUGUUGACCUCGCUCUCGGACCAGAAGACCGUUUUCGCGAAACCAUGCAAGGCCUGUGCGGACUCUUUGUCACCAUUGUAGAGUCCAAAAUAUAUCUCCUUCACCAAACGAUAUUGGACGGCGCAUUUUUUGGAGUCGGACCUCAGAACUGA